AUGGUCGUCGAGCUCCAGCCCAUCCUCGGCGUUCAGGAGGGCACCCUCCUACGCUUCUCGUCCGACGUCGGGGAGUGGGUCAGCAAGGGCAUCCACAUCCCGCUUCCAUUCCGGCAGUUGGCCCCCAACGGCGCGGUCUCGUACUACGGGAGGCUCUGGUGGGUCGACCUCUCCUGGUGCCUCCUCACCUGCGACCCCUUCGAGGACGCGCCGGUGCUGAGGGUCGUCCCUCUACCGCCGGGCAAGGUGCUCGAAAGCAGGGAGGGCUGGGGAUUUCUCGACAAGUACCGCUGCGUCCGUGUCAGCGGCGGCAAGCUGCGGUUCGUCGACAUGUACCGGAACCGUAACAGCCGCGGCGCUGCGCAGAUCAGCGUCUGGACGCUCGCCGAUCCGGACUCCACAGAGUGGACGCUGGAGUACGAGGCCACCUUUGCGGAGAUCUGCAACGACGCGAGCUACAAGGCGACUGGUCUGCCAAGGAAGAUCCCGGUGCUUGGGCUCAUCCAUCCCACCAACCCUGACGUGGUCUACUUCUUCCUCGACAAGCAUCUGCUCGGUAUCGACAUGGGUGCUCGCAAGGUUGUGGAGUGUGAGAUCUACGAGCUGGUUGCCCCGCCUAGCAAGCACGUGUGUACCCGUUUCCUUCACGCUUGGCAGCUGCCACGGGCUCUCAGCUGCUCAGGUUGUUGA